AAGAAUAACUUCCCAAUUCAUCCAUUCUAUUUACUGAUCGUUUCAUAUAUAGAUCAGUGAGAUUAAUCAAGAAGAUACAGAGAUCAGAAUGGAGGAGAACCAUCAAGAAAUUACAUCACUUUUCAAUUCUUCUGAUGCACAAAACAGCCAAGUUAUAAUAGAAAUGUCAUCCAUGGAAGAAGAUAUUAUAAGAAAGCUUUAUGAGGCAUCAAAGAUUGGAUGUGUACAAACCUUGAAAACUCUCAUUCAAGACAAUCCAGAUCUCAUUCAUAAGGCUUUGAUUUAUACAUCUUCCAUUACAAUUGAGACUCCAUUAUUGCACGUCUCAGUUUUUCAUGGCCACCUUGAAUUCACUCAGUUGCUUUUGGAUCACAACCCUCAACUUGCUGCUGAAGUUGAUGCCUUCCAAAGAACUCCACUUCACAUAGCUUGUUCAAAUAAUGGGGAUAUGGAGAUUAUUAGAGCUUUGUUGGAGAAGAACACAAGUGCUUGCUUGGUUCAAGAUCUUAGUGGCCUCAUUCCUCUUCACUACGCAGUGAUUAGCGAGAAUAUUGAAAUGAUGGAAUUGUUGAUAAAAGCAAGGCCACAAUCUGUUUUGAUGAAGUUGAACAACAAUAAUGGUAAAACUGUUUUACAUUUAUGUGUAGAAGGUAACCAUUUGGAGGGAAUGAAGCUGCUAAUUGCUCAAACAUUAUUAUUUGAUAAGGACUUUCUCAACGCAAUGGAUGAUGAAGGAAAUACUAUUUUGGAUUUGUCUUUAAUGUUAAGACGAAUUGAGAUGGUAGGGUAUUUACUCAUGAUUCCAGAAGCAAAAACUAGAACAAAUGAUAUAAAAGAAAAAUUACUCGAAUCACAAAAGAUCACAAAGACGAGAAACCGCAAAACGCAAAGACGAGAAUCGGUAUCAUUGAGCACCAAAAAGCGACCAAUAGGACGAUGGAAGGUAUGGAGGAAGAAACUAAAGUACAGAGGGGAUUGGGUUCAAGAAGUGCAAGGCACAAUGAUGCUUGUGGCUACCGUGAUCGCGACCGUGACUUUCCAAGGGGGAGUGAAUCCUCCAGGUGGCGUUUGGCAACAAGACACUCCAUUCAUUUAUUCGAGUAUCACCAAUACUACAAAAAAUGGCUUUAGCGAAUGGUACAAGGAUUUUGGCUUAUAUGAGGAGUAUUCUUACCUCCGGAACAACACAAGUGUAUUAUUUCCAGCUGGAACUGGAGUAAUGCGAUUUCAACAACCACUACUGUGCUCUUUAUACUUAUGGGUUAAUACAGUGUCAUUCUUGGCAUCAAUGAGCGUGAUUUUAAUGAUCGUUAGUCGAUUUCCGCUAAAAAACAGGAUUUGUAGUUGGCUCUUGACGUUAGACAUGUGCAUAGCAGUGGUAUCCUUAGCAAUUGGGUAUUUGCUUGGAGUUAAAAUGGUUAAUCUUUUGACUUUUCCGGAAAAGGAAGAUUUUAGUAAUUCCGAUGUAUUUUCUUUAACUGUUAUAUGUUGGUUCGGGAUCGUCGGACUUGUUUGCCUAUGGUUCAUAACUAGCAUUCUUAUUUGGAUGGUGAAGACCUUAUGCCACUCUUUCACCUCUAAGGUCAAACCCCACAGCUUCAAUGUUAACUCAACCAGGUUUUCCCAAUAUUAUUCAUCAACUUCAAAUUAAAGAUCAUGGAGUAGGUAUAUGUGUUUCAUUUCUUUUUCUUUUGUAGACUGCAGUGGUUGUGUAAUUUGUAAUCAAAUUAAAGAAAAGACUACAAAUGUUAAAUUAUACUA